AUGAUCUCAGUGGAGAAUCGUACAGAGCUGACUGAAUUCAUUCUUGUUGGGAUAACUGAUGACCCAGGACUGCAGAUCCCACUCUCUCUGGUGUUCACUCUCGUCUGCCUCAUCACUCUGCUUGGGAACUUGGGGGUGAUCACAUUGAUCCUGCUGGACUCUCGUCUCCACACUCCCAUGUACUUCAUCCUCAGUAACCUGUCUCUGGUGGACUUUGGUUACUCCACAGCUGUCACUCCCAAAGUGAUGGCUGGAUUCCUUAUAGGAGACAAGGUUAUCUCCUACAAUGCGUGUGCUGCUCAGUUGUUCUUUUUUGCAUUCUUUGUUGUUGUGGAAAUUGUUCUCUUGAACUCCAUGGCCUAUGACCGUUAUGCAGCAGUGUGUAAACCACUACAUUACACCAGCAUCAUGACAACAAGCUUGUGUUUGUGUCUGAUCAUAUGUUCCUAUGUCCUUGGUUUUCUGGAGGCCUCUGUGCACACGUGGAACAUAUUCAAUCUCUCUUUCUGUAGAUCCAAUGUGAUUGAUNNCUUUUUCUGUGAUGCCUCUCCUCUCCUGGCUCUUUCUUGCUCAGACAACAACAAAAAUGAGAUGCUUUUGUUAAUUACUGUGGGCUUCAAUAUAAUGUUUUCUGUCCUGGUCAUCUUUAUCUCCUACUUGUUUAUAUUUAUCACCAUUCUGAGGAUGCGCUCAUCUGAAGGACAUCAGAGGGCUUUUUCCACCUGUGCUUCCCACCUCACUGCUGUCUCCAUCUUCUACGGGGCUGGCACCUUCAUGUACUUGCAGCCCAGCUCCAGCCAUUCCAUGGACACAGACAAGGUGGCAUCUGUGUUCUAUGCCAUCAUUGUUCCCAUGCUGAACCCACUGGUCUACAGCCUGAGGAACAAAGAGGUCAAGAGUGCCUUUAAAAAGGCUGUGGGGAAGGCAAAGUUUUCUGUAAGAUUCAUAUUUUAA